UACAGACAGAAAGAGAAAAAAAGAGAGAGAGAAAGAGAGAGUGAGAAAGAGAGAGAUGGAGCUGAGUCCACAUGGUUUCUUGGAGGAACUACUAGGUCCAAAGAGAGACACAUGGGCUAGUUUUCCUCCUGGAAUGAACGAUCAGUUCUUCUCCAGUGGAUGGAACUUCAAUUCUCUUGAUGAAAGUCCAACUUUGGCUACUUCAAAUCCUAAUUCAUUUCUGGGAUUCUCAUCUCCCGCACAAAUACCAACUUUUGAAUGUAGUCCUUUCGUUGAUCCUCAAGCCUGCUAUCCUUUUGUUGAUGGAUUCACUAUUCCGGAGAUUGACUCUUCUUCAUAUGUGAAGAAUGAGACAUCUGGUGGAUUCCCAGUUUCAGAAGAUCAGCAUUACGCUUCAAUGGUGGAGAAUGAUGAGUUUGGCCUACCACUCGACACCGAUCAUCAUCAUCAUUAUAAAAGCUUGGAAGAAAGGAAGAGUACUACUAGCUGUGUUGAGAUGGAAAAUCUUGACAACCUUCAGGGUUUCAACAUGGGCUCAUGUGCUGAGAAAAAGAGCAAGUCUAAGAGGCAAGAAGGGCAGCCCUCAAAGAAUCUAAUGGCCGAGAGAAGGAGAAGAAAGCGCUUAAACGACCGUCUUUCAAUGCUCAGAUCAAUAGUCCCCAAGGUCAGCAAGAUGGACAGAACUUCUAUACUUGGAGACACUAUUGAUUACAUGAAAGAGCUACUGGAGAGGAUCAAUGAGUUGCAGGAGGAGGAACCAGAAGUUGGUACAAAUCAAAUCUUGGUGGCCAAUAACUUCAAGGAGGCAAAGCCAAAUGAAGCAUCAGGAAGAAAUUCCCCCAAGUUUGAAGUGGAUAGGAGAGAGAUUGAUACCCGGAUAGAAAUUUGCUGUGCGCCCAAGCCCGGCUUGCUGCUUUCUACAGUGAACACAUUGGAAGAAUUGGGGCUUGAGAUUCAACAGUGCGUUAUAAGUUGUUUCAAUGACUUUUCAAUGCAAGUUUCAUGUUCAGAGGCGGCUGAACAGAGGACACUGGUAACUUCUGAAGACAUCAAGCAAGCAUUAUUCAGAAAUGCAGGCUACGGAGGAAAAUGUCUGUAGAGUAAGAAAAAUAAGGAAAAUAAGCCUCUUCCCUUAACGAAUCCUAAUGAAAAAUUGCGGUUUAUUUCUCUGUUUGUUCUUCUAGGAAUUGUACAAGCAAGAAGCUGUAAUAAUAUUUAGUGUUCUAAAUAAAAAUGGUUCAUCUAUCA